AAUAAUCGGUGGUUGUCGUCGGCCAACGGUAUCAGCUUAUCGAUAUAAGUUUACUGCAAAAUAUUGUUUGUUUAUUAGAGAAAGGGAAGCACACUGCCUACUUAGCUCUAUUUAACACACCGAUAACAACUACUUUAAUUCAAAAGCUAUCGAUUCGAAGGGCUUUCGAUUCGAAGGCGCCAUACUCAUAUUGUGCCUUCCGCAUCCAUGCUGCCGUUUGUCCAGGAGAAUGUGCCGGAAAUGCUGCUCCAUCCGGCCCGGUUGGCCUUCUGCGCCAAUCUUCCCGCCGUGGGCCGGCCGCGGGAUGACCCCACCACUUUGGUUCUGGCGAGGAACCUAAAGUUCUACGAAUUCCGGCGCAAGGAUCUGGUGCACUACAUUGAUUUGAAGGGCACGAAACUUCAGCAUAUAGCCAGCCAGCUGGAGGGCUACGACGGACCGGUGUGUCCCUUUCUGCCCAAUCGGGAACCCACCGAUGGGAAGUUGGACUGGAGCAUGCUGGAUCCGCCUGAGGAUUUGCCACUGAAAUUCGGCAAGUUUGUGUGGCAGCGGGAGGGGAUUUACGUGCUGAUUCAGUGCUGGAAGCACCUCAUCGUCCUUCGAAGGCCCAAGGACCACGGGGCCAACUUCGAGCUGGUGGCGGAUCACAGGGAUGUGGUUGAGUACCAGAUGGUCGAAGGUCCCAUUCCCUACCAGGCCGUUGUGGAACUGGUGUUCGGUAAUGGCAAGCGACAGCGUUGCGAUUUCCAGGAGGAUUUCUUGGAUGAGGAGCCAAGCACCUCCAAAAACGCCGGCUUGCCCACGCAGGAUUUCGAGAGCCUAGUGCAGGAGGUGAACCGCCUUCAAGCCGAGCUGAACAGCCUGCGAAUCCAAAACCAGAAGGACUUUGCCCACGCCCAGGACCUGCUAUACUUCGGCUCGCCGGGCCAGCGCUCGCUGCUCCUUGAGGAGAAGCAGCCGCUCCGACGACUCGGCGAUGUAUGGACUCGGAUCUGCGGCGAUUAUUUAGUUUGUGGCACUCUGCUCGUCAACAUGACCGGCACCAAUCGCCUCACCAUAGUCAAGGAGCUGUAUCCCAUUGUUGCAAUAGAACCACACACCGACUUUAGCGUGGAGCACCGCCUGUACGAGCUGCCACUGCAGGCAGAUGGCAAACCACCCGAGGACUACGACCAGCUGGCGCAGUUUUGGGCCUGCCAGGACCAGCAUAGCAGGCGGCUCAAAUGGCGACCGGCGGAGAAGGAAAGACUACUACCGCCGGAACGAUCUGCCGCGAUGGUGGUGCGCCUGCGUCUGGUCGAUCUCCUCGAGGCGGAGGAACUCAUAUUGAUGGCGAUGUACGAGAUUGGCGAGGAGGCAUCCCCUAGACAAAUCCACCUCAUUACCUUCGAUGUAAAGAAACUGUUGGCCAAAACGGAGUCGUUGAUACCCACUUUUUCCCCCGCCACGCUGCAUCAAGACUUUUUGGCCGUGAUUAUGACGCACACGGCACGUUGCUCCUUGAAAUUGGAGUUCCAAUCGGCUCAGGAUUGCACGGCAUUUGAGCAGCUUCUGGUCUCCAAGCUGAAGUUCGAGCUGAUACAAGUCCAGGAGGCAGAAAAGGAGCCGACUUCCGACUUGCUGGACGACAGUGCUCCUGGCUCAGCAUUUCAGUCCUCCACUACCGCCGCCGAUCCUGUCCAGCGUAUUUUCUACAAUCGCCACCCGCAGUCGCAGUGGUGUGACACCUUGCUCCUUCGUGAUGAUCCCGGAAAGCAUUGGCAUGUGUACGCCAAAACGGACGAUCGGUUGCGUCUGUUCCAGCAUCGCCUAACGAGCGAUCUCCUCCAGCUGCACUGCAAUCUCAAUGUGCUAGAGUUCGCUGAGCACAUCCUGUCGCCUGCCGACUUGGAGAUGGAGUUGCUGAACAGCCUGUAUGAGGAGUUGGACGCCAGGAAGGUUUUAAGUCAGCCGGCAACCAGUGUGGAGCAGCGCCGGGAGCAGCUGACGCAACUUCACAAGGCAGAAAUGGCCAGCGAUGUGUUAGCUUCUAUGAUAGUUACCGAUGAUGAUCCACAAUAGGGCGGUAAU